GAGGGCGUCAGUGCAACGUGGGACUUUCCAACAAUGUGACCCAGCUGCCACCCCACACGAAGGGCAUCAAUGGUGCCCAGCGUCCAGAGGCGGCGGGGGGCGGGGGGUGAGACCAAGCGUGAGCUGAGACUACAAACUCACCAUGUGUCCAAUGGCCCAUCAGACUUCACUACCAAAACAGAAGUUCAACGGUACAAUUAUUAAGAAUUUCAAGGCAGCCAUUGGAGAGCAGUAAACCGAGGGUGGACCCUUUUUCGUGUAGGACCUGGGCACAGAGAUGGGGGAAGAGCAAAGCCAGCCCUUCCUAAUGGCAACAGCUUUGCCCUAGAAAGCUGAUUUGUAGUCAGGGAGAGGUUUAAGGCACCUCAUUAACAACCCCAGACAGGAUGCCAAGACAGGAAAUGAGAUUUUCCAAGCAAGCAGGAAAUCUAGUUACUAGUCAUUGGAUUGGAAGUAGAGUAUGGGUCAUCAGGAAUAAAGGGGAGGCGAUAUCCCCUGGCCCACAGGGGGUGAGGACUUAUAAUUGUGUAAUUGUGUGUGUGUGUGUGUGUGUGUGUGUGUGUGUGUGUGUCAGCCAUUGAAUAAACCUGAAUGUUCCACAGAUGUAGAACAAAGGUGAAGACGUACUGUCAGGCAAAGACAGAGGGUUGAGAAGCCGCAGGGCAGAUGUUCAAGUGUAAGGGAGUCCCGUUCCCCCCAACCCCCCUGUGGCAUUCUACACUCUAGCUGCGGCCAGCUUCUAGGGAGUAUCCACAGCUCUGCAGGCCCUCCUUCGGGGAGUAAUGGUGGGAGAUGACGUCAUGUGUCUCAAAGAUCCCUGUAGACACUCUAAAUGGGUGCAGUCUUGUGGGACAGGUUGUAAGCAGAGGAGCCUAGGUAGCUCAUGGGUGGGGGAGUCUGCAGCAGGGAAGCCAUCUUUGACUUGGAGUCUCUCGGAUUCCUGUAGAAUACCCGGAUGGGACCUGUUACCUCAUAGUCGAGAGGACUUUUUCAUGUUUUGAGCUUGAACUCAGGUCUGCCGCCCUGUGGCCCUUUUCCAGUUUCAGCGCGGGGGCUUGAUGCCUGCUACAAGUGUUGGGAGGACAGGACACCCAGAACCUAUGGGGCGCAGUUGCUUGGAUGGAGACAAAAGCCCUGAGGCAGAGAAGAUGUGAAAGUAAAGAAAAGACUUGAUACCAAAGAUGCUUUGGAGCCAGAAUACUUCCUGGAUUAGACCUCAUGAUUUGUAUCCCGUGGUGUAUAUCGGCCUCAUGGUUGGUGUGGUAUCGGCGUGGCCUGAUUUGUCAGACGAAUCUUGUACUUUAAAGGUGACAUUUCGCAGUUUCCGGCUUAUCUUGUCAUGGGAAUUAAAAAACCAUUCGAUUGCACCAACUCACUAUACGUUAUGGUACACAGUCAUGAGUAAACCAGACGAUAUGAAGAUCGUGGAGCACUGUUCAAAUAUCACAGCAUCAUUUUGCGACCUAACCGAUGUGUGGGAAGUCCUGCCAGAGACAUACAUCCCCAGAGUUGAUGGAUUCAGGGGAAACACAAUGCUGGUCAGCUGUAUCAGCGAUUUCUUCCUGGCAACACACGUGUCUUUGGAACCACCGGACUUUGAUAUUGUUGGCUCUACCAACCAUAUCAACGUAAUAGUGAAAUUUCCACCAGUCAUUCCCAAGAUACUAAAUGGCGAGAUCUUAGAGUAUUACUUGCCGCUCGUCAUCGAAGAACAGUCAGGGAAGAUUGUUAAGAAGCAUCACCCCAAGCUAAAUGGAAACAUCAUCGGAAAUGUCACUUAUGUCAUCGACAAGCUGAUUCCAAACGCAAACUACUGUGUAUCUGUUUAUUUUAAGUCUAAAGAUAUGGGAGCAAUAAAUAGAUCUCCAGUCAAAUGUACCUUCCUUCAACCUGGACAGGAUACAGAGUCAUCAGAAUCCGCCAAAAUAGGAGGAAUAAUUAUUAUGUUUUUAAUAGCAGCUGUCUUCAUAAGCACCAUAUUAAUACUGAAACGGGUUGGUUAUAUAUGCUUAAGAAAUGAUUUCCCCAAAGUUUUGAAUUUUAAUAACUUGUCAUCCUGGGUCUUUCUCGAGAGGCCACCCUUGGAAACAGUGGCUUUCGUGGAGGUGAUUCACGUUAACAGGAAGAAGAAAGUGUGGGAUUAUAAUUACGACGAUGACAGCGACAGCAAUGAUGAGGUGGCCCCUCCAAUAAGCGGAGGUGGUUAUACUAUGCACGGGCUAACGGGCAGGCUUCUGGGUCCGGCCUCCGCCUCCUCGGCCACCUUGGAAGACUGCAACCAGCCGGACGCUGAGGAACCGGAUCAAUCCGAACCUGAGGCUGACACCGAGCCCCUGAUGGCAGCAUGGCCCAGCCCCGGGCAGCCGGAAUGCUGCAAGAGUGGGGCCUACAAGGAGAGAGGGAGGCUGCCACAGGACCCCGUCUCCGAGGAUGAUGACAGCGCCACCGAGGAGUCUGGGGACAAAAUUACCUUCAAUGUAAAUUUAAACUCUGUGUUUGUGAGGAUCCCCGAUGACGACUCAGAAGUACCCCCGACGUCACCAUCUUUUCUAGAAGAGACAGCCAACCUAGAGGAUUCAGAUGAAACAGAAAUAAGCUUUCUGGCAGCCAGUGGGGAAGGAACACAGCCACCCUUCGCCAGCCCCUCUGCAGAGUGCCCGUGGCCUGAAGACGCUCUUUCUGACAAGAGUGACAGUUCCGAGGCAGAUGCGGACAUCAGGGAUGGUUAUAUAAUGAGAUGACUCCCAAGGAUAGUUAAUUAACAAGGACCGAUGAGGUUCUCCCUCCGCGUACGGUCACCAGCCCCUCCGGGGCCUGCCAGCGAUGUCGGAGGGAAGGUGCUGGAGACCGCGGUCUGCUGGGUGAUUCCUGGUGACAUCAUCUAUGCAGAUUCCCAGGACGGCCACAUGGGACCCUCCUAUCCUGCAGUGUAUUGUUUACAUGUCCCAAGGGAUGCACUUUGAAGGGAAAGUGUCCUGUCCAUUUCCUUCCCCGCAUUUAUAAUGGUUCUGCAUCCUGUCUCCCAGAGUAAGAAGCAGGGUCCCCUGCAUCUUUCCUGGGUGGUCCAAGACCCUGCAAGUUAAUGAAAUUAGCCAGGGUGGGAGUGGAGAGUGAAAAGGAAGACACUCAGCAGGGUUCCUAGCAGGUACAGUCAGCAGUGGUGGGUCCAGCAGGCUUAAGGAAGGGGCCAGGAGGGAAAAAGCAGGAAGGGAAGGCCACCAGAAGGAAAGAAAGGGGACCCACAAAGAAACAGAAGCACAGGUUCUGAGUUGGAAGUGCGGAAAGUGGAGCCCAGUCUUGGGCUCCUCCCCGAUGUCACAUUCUGUCACCUACACGCAGAAUUCAGCUCUCCUC